UCCUGCAUUUUCUUACUGAUCUCUAAAUUUGUCUCUGCUAGUUUUCUCUGGGCUCUCUCUCUGGCCAGUGCAAUUGCUUUUGAGCGUCGUCUUUCUAUUUCUGCUUUUUACUGUUGUUGCUUUGGAUUUAUCGAUAUGGCAUGAAGCUGCAUUGGGUGAUAGUGGAAGCUCAAGUUAACGCCAUUUCGCUCACUGUGUGCUGAUCUUAGCGACGCCAUUAUGCAGUUUUAUUGAGAAUCUUACAACGCAAACUACCCUUGCGCGAGAUGAGCUUUAUAGACAUUGUGGACUUGUCUAGUGAUGAUGAAUGUGGACAUCUGAAUGUGAAAGCUGUUAAGUUGGAGCCUGGUAUUGUUGGGGGCACAAUACAACAGAAAGAGAAUGAGGUUCAACUAGUGAAGUGCCAAAAAUCCGAAACUCAAUGUAGAAGGCAAGAAUCUGAAGAAAGUAAAAGCUCAAAUUCUUUAAGUACUGGUAAAAGUAGCUCUAGAAUAUUGGAUCGAGGGCAGUCUCCAUUGGACGAUACAAGUCUUCCUUCCACAUCACCUAUGUGUCCUGCUCCUCUUUGUAGGCAAUUCUGGAAAGCUGGGAACUACGAUGAUGGGCUUGGUUCUAAAGUCUCACUUCAAAAUGGCAAAAACUAUCUACAUGUCCACCCUUUGUUCCUUCAUUCAAAUGCCACUUCACAUAAGUGGGCCUUUGGUGCUGUAGCGGAACUGCUUGACAAUGCAGUUGAUGAGAUCCAAAAUGGAGCCACUUUUGUCCUUGUAGAUAAAACAACAAAUCCAAAGGAUGGAAGUCCAGCAUUGUUAAUCCAAGAUGAUGGUGGUGGAAUGGAUCCUGCAGCAAUGAGGCAUUGUAUGAGUUUUGGGUUUUCAGACAAGAAAUCUAAAUCAGCCAUUGGACAAUAUGGAAAUGGCUUCAAGACUAGUACGAUGAGACUUGGUGCAGAUGUCAUUGUCUUCAGCCGCCACCUGAGUAACAGGACGUUGACUCAAAGCAUUGGUCUCCUAUCUUAUACUUUUUUGACACGAACAGGCCAUGACAGAAUAGUAGUACCCAUGGUGGAUUAUGAAUUUAAUACAUCAACUGGCACACUGGAAAUAUUACAUGGUAAAGAACAUUUUAUGUCUAACCUUUCCAUGCUGUUGCAGUGGUCUCCAUUUUUGACAGAAGCAGAGCUUUUGAAGCAAUUUGAUGACAUUGGGGCUCAUGGCACAAAGGCUAUUAUCUACAAUUUAUGGGUCAAUGAUGAUGGGGAUGUGGAACUUGACUUUGAAUCUGAUCCUGAGGAUAUUCGUGUUAGUGGGGAGACCAAGAAAAUUGACACACUUCCUGCUUUGAAGACAAUAAAUGAACAGCACAUUGCCAACCAAUUUCAUUAUUCUCUCCGUGUAUACCUGUCCAUCUUGUACUUGCGAGUGCCUGAAAGAUUCAAUAUUAUAUUGCGAGGGCGAGUUGUUGAGUAUCAUAAUAUUGCCAAUGAUCUCAAAUUUCCGGAAUGCAUCUUGUACAGACCUCAAGGAUGUGUGGAGGGUCAAGUUAUAACUACAGUUGGAUUUCUUAAAGAAGCUCCACGUGUGGGUUUUCAUGGAUUCAAUGUCUACCAUAAGAACCGUCUCAUACUGCCGUUCUGGCAGGUUGUGAGCUAUCAGGACAGUCGGGGUAGAGGGGUUGUUGGUGUAUUGGAAGCAAAUUUCAUUGAACCAACUCAUAACAAGCAAGAUUUUGAGAGAACUUCCCUUUUCCAGAAGCUUGAAGCUCGAUUGAAGGAAAUGACAUGGGAAUACUGGGAUUAUCAUUGUGGACUAAUUGGGUAUCAGCCCAAAAAAAUCCCUCGAGCACCAGUGACUCCGCAGGUUUCAUCUCGUAGUAUGCCACAGAGCGGCAAACAACUUGUCAUGUCUAAGAAAAGUUCCCCUGCUAUUAGUGGUACAGAAGCAGCUCUUGGAAGAGCAGAGCAAUCAAUAUCCAAGUCCCCAAGCAUAUCUGAACUUGGAUUACGUGCGAAGAGGAAGGAACAUGGUGAUAUAAUAGAGGUACAAAAAGCAAAAUGGCAGGCAGUGGAAUUGGGCAAUGCAAACAAUAAUGGGCAUUAUCAGGAUAUACAGCCGCCGGAUGCUACUGGUAAUCAGCCGAAAGAUCAAGAGGCUGUAAAUUUGUUGCAAGAAAACAGGAAGCUACGUGCAAAAUGUUUGGAGCAUGAAAAGAGGGAAGAAGAACUUAAUCUCCAGGUGACACAACUCAAAAUUGAAAUUGAGGAGGUUCAACAUGAAUAUGAUCGGAUGUUGGGUGAAUUAGAUUCCUUGAGCACAGUCAAGGACGAAAGGAAUGUAUUAAUAUAGAUUCUGUGUUUGCUCU